ACAUAAAAACAUUUUUAGUUGUAUAAAGAUAGUUGUUAAAAUUUAUGCUCACGGAUUAUUCAAAUUACAAUAUUUUGAAAGAAAAAACCAUUAUUUUUAAUUUAUACACAAUUCAUAUUUAAAGAUUACUAAUAAUGUCAUAAUGACAGUUUUGAGUAUAUGAUUUAAUAAUCCUUAAAAAAAGGAAAACGAAAACAGAAUGUUGGUGGCCGCUUGCCUUUCCUUUUUCCGGCCACUAACAUUCUCUCUAUAGAAUAGAAGAAUCAUCAAUAAUGGCGUGCCCAUUCAUCGCCUCUAUUUAUUCCUUAAUAAUUGGGCUUUAACUCCGCCUUUUGCAGAUCAUUUAAACAAUGUUUAUUCAAUUUUUCCUUAAUUUUUUCAUUUGCAGCUACAACCCCUAACCGAACCUCUCUAUUUUUUUCUGAAUCUGCUCAACUUGCACGGAUCUCGACUAACUCUACGGAUACCUGUGCAACAGAUACCGGAUAACUUUAUUCAUCAAGUCUAGAUGGAGCUGCAGGAGGAUUCCAAAUCUGAAAUAAAGCAAUUGCUGGGGGCUAAAUGUAAUGGCAGCUGUAAUCAAUCUCAUUUUUUGUGCAAUCCAAUUUGCUCAUUCUUAGAGCAAGAGCAUAGUAUGUUGGAUUCAAGACAAAGGUCAAAGUCGAGUGUGAAACUUUGUGGGCUCAUAUUCUUUUAUGUAAUGGUCAUGUCAGUGGAAACCAUUGGAGGGGUUAAAGCCCACAGCCUCGCAGUUCUAACCGAUGCUGCUCACUUGCUUAGUGAUGUUGUUGGAUUUUCUAUUUCUCUUUUUGCUGUUUGGGUGUCCGGUUGGAAUGCUACCAAAGAACACUCGUUUGGAUACCACCGGCUUGAAGUUUUGGGAGCCUUUAUUUCUGUACAGCUGAUAUGGCUCAUCUCUGGUUUUCUGAUUUAUGAAGCAACUGAGAGAAUGUUCCAUACGAACACCAAAGUGGAUGGGAAGCUUAUGUUUGCUAUUGCUGCAUUUGGUCUCAUAAUAAAUCUCAUCUCUAUUGUGUGGCUUGGCCAUGAUCAUUCUCUCCAUAGCCAUUCAUUCAGUCCUUGCAAGGGUCAUGAUCACGAUCAUCAUGAUCAUGAUCACAAUCAUCAUGACCAUGAUCUCGAUCAUCAUGAUCGUGAUCAUGAUCAUGAAAUGCAAGAAUUGCAUCCAAUAAAUGUAGAUGAGAGCUUGAAAUUGAUAUCAGCAUCCCAUAGUUGCAGCAAACCAUCAAACAUAAAUAUCGAAGGGGCUUACCUGCAUGUUAUAUCUGAUUUGAUACAAUCUGCUGGGGUGAUGAUUGCUGGAGCUAUUAUGUGGUACAAACCAGAAUGGUUGGUUGUUGAUCUUCUCUGUACUAUUUUUUUCUCGAUCUUUGCUCUUAGUACUACUGUACCCAUGCUUAGGACUAUCUUUUCCUUAUUGAUGGAGAGGACACCGAAGGAAGUUGAAAUUGUUCAACUCGAGAGCGGCCUAAAAUCUUUAGCAGGAGUAAAAGAUGUGCAUGACCUGCAUGUUUGGGCCAUCACUAUAGGAAAAAUUGUUUUGUCCUGCCACAUUGUAAUAGAGCCGGGAGUCGACCAAUAUGAAAUUAUUCAGAAUGUUAAGGAAUAUUGUGACACAAAAUACAGAAUUCAUCAUGUAACUGUACAAGUUGAACCAGGUUCAUUUUAGAUUAUAUACAUUACUUAAUUCGUCUC